AUGACGAUCACAACGUGGGAGCAAAAGGAAGCCAGCUCAGACUGCAGCAGCGAUUCCACCAGAGUGGACUUGACCAGCCAAUAUUCUUCUCAACUCGUCGGUCAACUUCUUCGACGGCUACUGGAAAAGUUGGCUAGCGGAGGCUUCCGCUCCGUCGAGGUCACGAUAGCAUUCUGCAAGCGGGCUGCAAUUGCGCAGCAGAUCACCUGCUGCUUGGCGGAGAUGUUCUUCGACAAAGCCCCAGCCAGAGCAAAGCAGCUCAAGGAAACUUUUGCUCGAACCAGGGCAGGGCCACUGUAUGGACUGCCCAUUCGCAUCAAGGAGUCGUUCAAUGUCCCCGGUGCUCCAACUACGCUUGGGUUCGUCGGAUUCCUCGACCGGGCCCCCGCGUCCACGAGUUCUGCCUGGGUCGAAAUCCUGAACAACUCCGGGGCUGUGCUCUAUGUCAAGACAAAUGUUCCCCAGGUGCUAAUGACUCCCGACCCCCAUAACAAUGUCUUCGGUCGUGUUCUCAGCCCGCACGGGCGGAGCCUAACCGCUGGGGGGAGCAGCGGCGGAGAGGAAGCGUUGGUGGCGAUGAGAGGCUCCACCCUCGGCGUUGGGACAGAUAUCGCCGGCUCCAUUCGCAUGCCCGCCCUCUGCUGUGGCGCAUUCGGUUUCAAACCCACGGCUUGCCAUAUUUCAUAG